AUGGAGUGCCGAGGCAAAUUCAGCCACAAGAUACUCCGAAAGGCCCAAUUCGCCGCCUUUCAUUUCGAUGAUCUAUUGAACUUCAGAAGCGUGGAAAAGGACAAGGUCACGGGAAAGGAUGUUGUUCGGAUCAUGAGCUUUUCCAAGCCUACACGUGACCUUAAAACCAGAUUGAUGGCUAAUGCAAAGGGUAUGAAUGAUGGUGAGAUCAAGGAAUUAAAUGCGUUCGUGGAUCUGCUGGACCGUUGUCUCUCCUUGAAUCCUGAGAGACGAUGUACACCUGCGGAAGCAUUACGGCACCCGUUCAUUACGAGGACGAAAGGGUGA